AUACACAGGGACAUUGCAGAGUUCCGCUGAUCUCCAGGACACACUGAUAGACUACACUUUUGUAGGAAUUAUCAGCAUCAAAAUGCAUCUGCAGCACUUUAACCCGGCAAAAGCUGGAUUUUGCAUACUAAUCUUGCAAGUUCUGAUAUAUCAGGUAUCUUCUGUACCAGUCGUGACACCUGAGGUUCAAUCCGACCUUCAGUCAUCAAAAAUCCUGAACCGCAAGGUACGGAUGUCUCCUCUGUGGCGAAUCAUGGGCUACAAACCAUACGGAGCUCACUGUCAUGAUAAUAUUGAGUGCAAUACGGGAUUUUGCAGGAACGGUCAAUGUUCGUUUAAUGAGGCUGUUCAUUCCUAGCGGAGCGGAGGCCUGGAAAUACUCAUUUAUGAGUCAACUUAACUAUUUUUGUACUAUUUUAUGUUCAUAUCAUUGGCUAUGUUGCAAGCACUUUAAUUUUUUAACUGUCAAAGGUCUGACUUGAAAAGUUACAUGGGUUUCCAUAUAUUUGUUGUAUGUUCAUUUGAUAAUAUGAUAAUGUGAUGUUAAAUCUGAAAGUCUCAAAGAGAUAGUUCACCCAAAAAUGAAAACUGCCUGAACAUUUUACUUAGUCAACAGUUUCUAAUUUCUUCAUUUUUUUCUUCUGUUGAACACGAAACAAGAUAUUCUGAAGAAUGUUCAGAAGGAAACAGCAGCAAUUGACAUCCAUAGUAGGAACAAAAAAAAAACUAUGAAAGUUGAUGGCUGUUUAUUGCAGCAUUGCUCUUUUAUGUUCAACAGAAUAAAAAAAACUUAAAGACUCAAAACAUGAUGACAGAAUUUUCAUUUCUGGUUUCUAUCGCUUUAAGGUUUGCAUUUGGCAAGACACUGCAGGCUAAUAUGUUAGCCUAAUUUAAGUACUAAUAUUUAUCCGUCCAUCAGUUUAUUGAAUACACUGAGAAAUGUAAACAUUUUUUGCAGAUGAUUUUGAAGAUGUGCUUUAUGCAAAUGAGGGAUUAUUUAUUUAAAUAUGCACUAAUUUGCAUAGAUUUCUUGCACAAAAAUCGGUAACACUUUACAAUAAGGUUUAUUAGUUAAUGCAUUUACUAACAUGAGCUAAUCAUGAACAACACAUGUACAGCAUUUAUUAAUCAUAAUUGAACAUUUACUAAUGCAUUAUUAACAUCCAAGUCCAAGUUAACAUUAGUUAAUGCACCAUGAGUUAACAUGAACAUGAACUACUGUAUUUUCAUUAACUAACGUUAACUAGCAUGAACAAAUACAGUAGUAAAUGUAUUGUUCAUUGUUUUUUCAUGUUAGUAAAUGCAUUAAGUAGCAUUAACUAAUGAACCCUAUUGUAAAGUGUGACUCAAAAAUCUGAACAUUAGAUGAGGUCAGCUUCAAAAAUUACAUUUAUUUUAUUUAUUUACACUAGAGUUAAAGUUUUUUGAGAUUUUGAGAUUUUUAUCACUCCAUAAUUCAGAAAAUACUGCAAGCAACCAGAACAAAAGAAUUGAAUUGAAAUUAAUACCUGACAUAACCCCUUCUGAAAACAGAUUAUUUGUAAAGUUUAGUGUGCUGUAAUUUAGAUUUAUGGAAAAAAAAAAAAAAACAUUUGUUUUCCUAAAAUAGAGCAGGAAUGCCCAAACCUUUUCUUAUGAAGAGCCAAACUUGAUUGAGGCUAGUGGGCUGAAGGUAAAUAUAUUUGCAAUAGUAAUUUCCUAAUUUAUUUAUGAUUAACAAUGACUAUAAAACAUUGCUUUAUAUUAAAUAAUAAAGUUUUUUUUACAUUUUAUAAUAAACUUACUACAGUAAAAACAAAACACUCUAAUUUAUAACAGAAUUACCCUAGUUUAAUUAUUAUUGAUUUGCGCACCGAUGUCUUCUGCAUAGUCCUCUAUCCGUCGAGGGAAAUUAUUUACAUUUAAAAACUCUGAUUUUAACAUUUAAUUGAAACAUUUUGUUUCAGUUUGCUCUAAAUAAAAUAAAUAAAAUAAAGGCAUUCACCUGAACCCUCUCUUUCAUACUCAUUCUCCUCUCAGAUGGCAUGGUGGGCCAAAACAAAGGUUACAAUGGGCCAACUUUGGUCUGUGGGCCCUAGAUUUGGACAUAUCUGAACUAGAUUAAAAGGAAAAAAAGUCUCAAAAGUGUGCUUUGCCUGCAGUGUCUCUCCUUAAAGCUUUAAUCUGGUGUACUAAAUUGUGUAAUGCACUAUUAAAAAUUGUUUAUUAUCUUUUAUAAUAACUCGCUGAGCCUAAACUUUCAAUUUGAACAUCUAUGUUGAAACUAAUAGGGAUAUUUGAUAUAAAGUACUGUAUUUGAUAAGGUAUGAGGGACACAGAAUCGGUCUAUAUGAGAACGUGGCCGGCCGCACGCAUCCUCUGUGUUCUCAGAAAGCCAUUAAAGGCCCUCGGUGUCCUCAUGCUUGUGAGAGGUGUAUUUGCACAAGAAUGUACUGUAACAGACCCGAUGUCAUUGUACUGUGACCUCCACAUGUACUCAGAUGUUCUGACACAAAAGAGCAAAGUCUUGGUCUGUCAAAUAAAACGCUAAAAAUAC